GGUGACGUCAUAAAGAUGGCGCUGCCCAUGGCCAGGCGUGCUGUGUUCUGCCGACUGAAAAGCGGAAACCGGGGGCUGGGGAGCUCGGGGCCCCGGGCAGCCAGGAUCCAGGUACCUCCCACCGGCACUGACUGGGUUAAUAUAGCCCCUCACCCCGGGGGAGCCUGGGACUGGCACUGACAGGGUUAAUAUAGCCCCUCACCCCGGGGGGAGCCUGGGACCGGCACUGACAGGGUUAAUAUAGCCCCUCACCCCGGGGGGAGCCUGGGACCGGCACUGACAGGGUUAAUAUAGCCCCUCACCCCGGGGGGAGCCUGGGACCGGCACUGACAGGGUUAAUAUAGCCCCUCACCCCGGGGGGAGCCUGGGACUGGCACUGACAGGGUUACAGCCCCUCACCCCUCGGUUUUAAUCGCACUGACAGGGGUUAAUAUGCAGCCCUCACCCCGGGAGCCUGGGACCCGCACUGACAGGGUUAAUAUAGCCCUCACCCCGGAGGGAGCCUGGGACUGGCACUGACAGGGUUAAUAUAGCUCCUCACCCCGGAGGGAGCCUGGGACUGGCACUGACAGGGUUAAUAUAGCUCCUCACCCCGGAGGGAGCCUGGGACUGGCACUGACAGGGUUAAUAUAGCUCCUCACCCCGGGGGAGCCUGGGACUGGCACUGACACCCCGGGGGGAGCCUGGGACUGGCACUGACAGGGUUAAUAUAGCUCCUCACCCCGGGGGGAACCUGGGACUGGCACUGACAGGGUUAAUAUAGCUCCUCACCCCGGGGGGAGCCUGGCACUGACAGGGUUAAUAUAGCCCCUCACCCUGGGGGGAGCCUGGGACUGGCAGUGACAGGGUUAAUAUAGCUCCUCACCCCGGAGGGAGCCUGGGACUGGCACUGACAGGGUUAAUAUAGCCCCUCACCCCGGGGGAGCCUGGCACUGGCACUCGACAUUAUAGCCUCACUCGGGAGCCUACCGGGUGCACUGAUAGGGUUAAUAUAGCCCCUCACCCCGGGGGGAGCCUGGGACUGGCACUGAUAGGGUUAAUAUAGCCCCUCACCCCGGGGGGAGCCUGGGACUGGCACUGAUAGGGUUAAUAUAGCCCCUCACCCCGGGGGGAGCCUGGGACUGGCACUGAUAGGGUUAAUAUAGCCCCUCACCCCGGGGGGAGCCUGGGACUGGCACUGAUAGGGUUAAUAUAGCCCCUCACCCCGGGGGAGCCUGGGACUGGCACUGACAGGGUUAAUAUAGCCCCCCCCCCCGGGGGAGCCUGGGACUGGCACUGACAGGGUUAAUAUAGCUCCUCACCCCGGGGGGAGCCUGGCACUGACAGGGUUAAUAUAGCCCCUCACCCCGGGGGAGCCUGUGACCUGCACUGACCGGGUUAAAUAUGCUCCUCACCCCGGAGGGAGCCUGGGACUGGCACUGACAGGGUUAAUAUAGCUCCUCACCCCGGAGGGAGCCUGGGACUGGCACUGACAGGGUUAAUAUAGCUCCUCACCCCGGAGGGAGCCUGGGACUGGCACUGACAGGGUUAAUAUAGCUCCUCACCCCGGGGGAGCCUGGGACUGGCACUGACACCCCGGGGGGAGCCUGGGACUGGCACUGACAGGGUUAAUAUAGCUCCUCACCCCGGGGGGAACCUGGGACUGGCACUGACAGGGUUAAUAUAGCUCCUCACCCCGGGGGGAGCCUGGCACUGACAGGGUUAAUAUAGCCCCUCACCCUGGGGGGAGCCUGGGACUGGCAGUGACAGGGUUAAUAUAGCUCCUCACCCCGGAGGGAGCCUGGGACUGGCACUGACAGGGUUAAUAUAGCCCCUCACCCCGGGGGAGCCUGGCACUGACAGGGUUAAUAUAGCUCAUCACCCCGGAGGGGGACUGGCACUGACAGGGUUAAUAUAGCUCCUCACCCCGGGGGGAGCCUGGGACUGGCACUGACAGGGUUAAUAUAGCUCCUCACCCCGGGGGGGGCCUGGCACUGACAGGGUUAAUAUAGCCCCUCACCCCGGGGGCCUGGGACUAGCACUGACAGGGUUAGUAUGAGCUCCCUCACCCGGGAGGGAGCCUGGGACUACAGCACUGACAGGGGUUAAUAUAGCCCGGCACUGGCCAGGGGUUAAUAUAGCUCCUCACCCGGUAGGGCCUGGGACCAGCACUGGCAGGGUUAAUAUGGCUCCCUCACCCCGGCCAGACCUGGGACUAGCACCCCAACAGGGUUAAUAUAGCCCCUCACCCCGGUGGGAGCCUGGCACUGACAGGGUUAAUAUAGCCCCUCAUCCCUGGGACUGGCACUGACAGGCUUAAUAUAGCUACUCACCCCGGGGGAGACUGGGACUGGCACUGACAGGGUUAAUGUAGCCCCUCACCCCGGAGGGAGCCUGGGACUGGCACUGACAGGGUUAAUAUAGCCCCUCACCCCGGGGGGAGCCUGGGACUGGCACUGACAGGGUUAAUAUAGCUCCUCACCCCGGAGGGAGCCUGGGACUGGCACUGACAGGGUUAAUAUAGCUCCUCACCCCGGAGGGAGCCUGGGACUGGCACUGACAGGGUUAAUAUAGCUCCUCACCCCGGGGGAGACUGGGACUGGCACUGACAGGCUUAAUAUAGCUCCUCACCCCGGAGGGAGCCUGGGACUGGCACUGACAGGGUUAAUAUAGCUCCUCACCCCGGGGGGAGCCUGGGACUGGCACUGACACCCCGGGGGGAGCCUGGGACUGGCACUGACAGGGUUAAUAUAGCUCCUCACCCCGGGGGGAACCUGGGACUGGCACUGACAGGGUUAAUAUAGCUCCUCACCCCGGGGGGAGCCUGGCACUGACAGGGUUAAUAUAGCCCCUCACCCUGGGGGGAGCCUGGGACUGGCAGUGACAGGGUUAAUAUAGCUCCUCACCCCGGAGGGAGCCUGGGACUGGCACUGACAGGGUUAAUAUAGCCCCUCACCCCGGGGGAGCCUGGCACUGACAGGGUUAAUAUAGCUCAUCACCCCGGAGGGGGACUGGCACUGACAGGGUUAAUAUAGCUCCUCACCCGGAGGCCUGGGACUGGCACUGACAGGUUAAUAUAGCUCCCUCACCCCGGGGAGCCUGGGACUGGCACUGACAGGGUUAAUAUAGCCCCUCGCGGGAGCCUGGGACUGGCACUGACAGGGUUAAUAUAGAAACCUCACGGAGGGAAGCCUGGGACUGGCACUGACAGGGUUAAUAUGGCCCGGCACUGACAGGGUUAAUAUAGCUCCUCACCCCGGCGGAGCCUGGGACUGGCACUGACAGGGUUAAUAUAGCUCCUCACCCCGGCGGAGCCUGGGACUGGCACUGACAGGGUUAAUAUAGCCCCUCACCCCGGUGGGAGCCUGGCACUGACAGGGUUAAUAUAGCCCCUCAUCCCUGGGACUGGCACUGACAGGCUUAAUAUAGCUACUCACCCCGGGGGAGACUGGGACUGGCACUGACAGGGUUAAUGUAGCCCCUCACCCCGGAGGGAGCCUGGGACUGGCACUGACAGGGUUAAUAUAGCUCCUCACCCCGGGGGGAGCCUGGGACUGGCACUGACAGGGUUAAUAUAGCCCCUCACCCCGGGGGGAGACUGGGACUGGCACUGACAGGGUUAAUGUAGCCCCUCACCCCGGGGGAGCCUGGGACUGGCACUGACAGGGUUAAUGGCCCUCACCCGGGAGCCUGGGACUGGCGCGGCAGGGUUAAUAUAGCUCACCCGGGGAGCCUGGGACUGACAGGGUUAAUAUAGCUCCUCACCCCGGGGGGAGCCUGGGACUGACAGGGUUAAUAUAGCCCCUCACCCCGGGGGAGCCUGUGACUGGCACUGACAGGGUUAAUAUAGCUCCUCACCCCGGGGGGAGCCUGGCACUGACAGGGUUAAUAUAGCCCCUCACCCCGGGGGGAACCUGGGACUGGCACUGACAGGGUUAAUAUAGCUCCUCACCCCGGGGAGAGCCUGGGACUGGCAUUGACAGGGUUAAUAUAGCCCCUCACCCCGGGGGAGCCUGGGACUGGCACUGACAGGGUUAAUAUAGCCCCUCACCCCGGGGAGCCUGGGACUGGCACUGACAGGGGUUAAUAUGGCUCCUCACCCGGGGAGCCUGGGACUAGCUGACAGGGGGGUUAAUAUAGCUCCUCACCCGGAGGCUGGCACUGACAGGGGUUAAUAUGGCCCCCUCUCACACCCCGGGGAGCCUGUGACUAGCACUGAGCAGGGGUUCCUGGCCUCAUCCGGAGACCUGGCACUGACAGGGUUAAUAUAGCCCCUCACCCCGGGGGGAACCUGGGACUGGCACUGACAGGGUUAAUAUAGCUCCUCACCCCGGGGAGAGCCUGGGACUGGCAUUGACAGGGUUAAUAUAGCCCCUCACCCCGGGGGAGCCUGGGACUGGCACUGACAGGGUUAAUAUAGCCCCUCACCCCGGGGGGAGCCUGGGACUGGCACUGACAGGGUUAAUAUAGCCCCUCACCCCGGGGGGAGCCUGGGACUGGCACUGACAGGGUUAAUAUAGCUCCUCACCCCGGGGGGAGCCUGGGACUGGCACUGACAGGGUUAAUAUAGCCCCUCACCCCGGGGGGAGCCUGGGACUGGCACUGACAGGGUUAAUAUAGCUCCUCAUACCGGGGGGCCACAUUUAUAUGUUUAGACAGUUUACAAGGACAGUCUCCAAUCAUUUUUCUGCACCGCACAUUUCCCAGGAAAGUUUGUAUUGUGAAACAUGUUGCAGGGCUUUUUAGAAGGGACAGGACAGAACCUAUAUUUUUUUUAUGAAUAUUUUCGGCAACAGGGUUUAUACUCUGCCAGAAUAUACGUAGAGCUGAAUGUAUUUUGCUCAGUAAACUGGGAUUGUGGAGUUUUAAGAAGGUGAUUGAUGAUUCUAAUAUAUCGCAAACUGUUACAUGGACAAACGGGGACACUUUAAAUUUGGAGCGUGACCAGGGACAGGUUUUUCUGCUAAAUUUUAGAUAUUUAGCCAACCACAAUAUUUGCAACUAAAAUGUAAUUUUGAACAAAAACAAUGUGUUUUUUUUUUUUUACACUGAUUUCUAAAAACAUUUUUUGUAGUUUAAAGGAAUAAUGUUAGGAAUGCAAAUCUGUAUUCCCAAUGCUAUAUUGUCCCUGUCACAAAGAAACCAUGACUUCUGUAGUGGAGCUCCCUGUACCACGGCUGGGUACCUCCGCCAAGGAUCGCUUCCUAGCUGGAACCUGGGAAAAUCUCAGCACUUCUGCCCCAGAAGCCGUGGCUCCUUCUGGAGCCUCUCCGUCCUGGAACAGGGACUGGACGACACAGUACUGGGAGCUCUAGUCCUCACAAGGACUUUCCAGUCCAAAUCCUCCAUGAGCUGGAACAAGGUGCUGAGCAGCGAUUAGCUCUUUCCCUCCGAGUAACUAGACGACACAUAGUUCGGGGAGUACAACUGAUUUUAUUGAGCCAAACUCUGCCUUUUAUGCUCAGGCCCCAGCAUGUAUUCAACACAAGCCCCUCCCAGGGAGAUCUUGGGAGAUAAUUGCGAUAAAGACCGGUAAGCUAAUUAUCUCUCAGGAAUAGUAUAAUAAUACAUCCCCAAAUAGCGCUCAGAUUCAUACAGUGUAGGGGAAACGCCACACAAAAUAUGCCCAAAAUAGUUCCAUGGCUUUUGGUGCUUUUGCUGGUCAACUUUCUGGGUGCUUCUGCAGCCUCAAUACGGGGUGCUCCUCCUGGCUCUCAGGUAGUGUUUGUUCCCAUUAGUCUCAGGCACCUUCCCCCCCCCCCAAAAGGCGCUCUCCUGGGGGGGGUUCAAAACUGGUUCAAAACCCCGGACCAAUUUGUCCGGGGACCGCACAGUCACCUCAUACAGAAAACUGUUCCAUAACAUUCGCGUCUUAAAGUACUGCUGAGGUGUCCGGGGACCCACGAAGUUCUUAUGCCGGAAUUAGUUCCAUAGCGGUCACGGCUAAGUACCGCUGAGGACUGUUCGUGGGUUACAGCCACCAGGGAGCUAGCAUUCCUCAUAGAGGAGCAUUGGGGACCUAAUGCGCUUGCGCUGCGAGUGCCACAUGUGUAUUCAAACUUCCACAUAGGAAAGAAUUGAAUCAAUGUCUUCUAUGGGCCUUCCACAUCAUGUGGCAGAGGUUUACUUGGUUACUGUAACGGCUGUGAUACUGACAGCUACUAGAGAUGGACUUUACCCAGAGAUGAAGUGCUCUGGGUGACUAUAGUGUCCCUUUAAAGACACAUUACUGUGAGUAUUAUUGCUGUGGAGUUCUGUUACACACUCAGACACAUUACUGGGAGUAUUAUUACCGCGGGGCUCUGUUAUACAUUCAGACACAUUACUGGGAGUAUUACUGCUGUGGAGCUCUGUUAUACCCUCAGACACAUUACUGGGAGUAUUAUUGCUGUGGAGCUCUGUUAUACCCUCAGACACAUUACUGGGAGUAUUAUUGCUGUGGAGCUCUGUUAUACACUCAGACACAUUACUGGGAGUAUUAUUGCUGUGGAGCUCUGUUAUACACUCAGACACAUUACUGGGAGUAUUAUUGCUUUGGAGCUCUGUUAUACACUCAGACACAUUACUGGGAGUAUUAUUGCUGUGGAGCUCUGUUAUACACUCAGACACAUUACUGGGAGUAUUAUUGCUGUGGAGCUCUGUUAUACACUCAGACACAUUACUGGGAGUAUUAUUGCUGUGGAGCUCUGUUAUACACUCAGACACAUUACUGGGAGUAUUAUUGCUGUUGAGCUCUGUUAUACACUCAGACACAUUACUGGGAGUAUUAUUGCUGUGGAGCUCUGUUAUACACUCAGACACAUUACUGGGAGUAUUAUUGCUGUGGAGCUCUGUUAUACACUCAGACACAUUACUGGGAGUAUUAUUGCUGUGGAGCUCUGUUAUACACUCAGACACAUUACUGGGAGUAUUAUUACUGUGGAGCUCUGUUAUACACUCAGACACAUUACUGGGAGUAUUAUUGCUGUGGAGCUCUGUUAUACACUCAGACACAUUACUGGGAGUAUUAUUGCUGUGGAGCUCUGUUAUACACUCAGGCACAUUACAGGGAGUAUUAUUGCCGUGGAGCUCUGUUUCACACUAGCAAUAUGGAGUUCAUAGAAAAGAGGGACAUUAGGAGAUAAAAGAGGGACAGGGGCCCAAAAUAGAUUGUCCUUCCUAAAUAGAGACACUUGGAAGUUAUGACUUUUAAGCCAAGAGAGCUCAGUUGAUUUAUUUUUUAACCAAAAAUUGGAGAAUUUUUCCAAAUGGGCAAUUUUAAAUUAAGAAUUGACAUCCCUUUAUCGGUUCUCCCAUAGAUCUGUUUAACCUCCAACCAAUGAAUAUGUCAUUAUUGGAUAGCUGUGAACGAUGUAGGUGCCUGUGGGACGCCUUUCUUGGCCAGCAGAGUACUGUGUGUUCAUAUUGUUGGUUCCCUGAAAGAGGCGUUUACUGACCGCGCCUACAAAUGUCUUUACAGCACAAUUCUGCAUUUUCCAGAGCUGUUACGGGCGUGAAGUUUGGCAUGUGAACCCCAAGAGGAAUCUCCGCUCCCCUCUUCCAGCAGCCUCAUUAAUCACCCCUCUAGUACCCGGAGCUUGUUGUAUUAAGGACAGCCAUUCCUCUGUCUUUGCUUCCUCGCCCCGUGCCCCCAGCCAGCUCCUGGGAAAAGCCCAUCAAUCUCUCCUGUCAGAUGGAGCAGCAGGAGAUGUCUUUUGCUGUCCAACCUGGCUGGCUCCCGUCUCCUGGCCUUACCACCAAUGCUGAAUAAGUAAAUCCGGGCAGCCAGUGAUGCAGGCUGAUACUCCCCUUCUCAGGCCUUGGAAAAUAUGCUUUUAAUCUGUAUAAGACCAGCGAUGUAUUGAUCAUUAUAUCGUUUGUACAUAAUGAGGGUGAGAUGUAGGUGCACCUUCUUACGUGUCGUCUGAGAGUGACUUGUUCCGCCUUAGUGACCGUUAAUGGGGGAAGUACAUGUUGGGAGAUCUUUUCUCAUAAGAUGUUUUAUAUCACUCUCUGUUCUGUGUUUUAGCCCAUGUAUAUUUAUUAUAAAUAGUAUAACAAGUUACCUAGGCAAUAUUUCUAUGUAAACUCAUAGAUCUGAUUCCCUGAAUGCAUAGUCUGCGCUACAUAAUGUACAUUGUAAUGGUUAACAGAACACUGCACGCACCAUAACCACUAUCUGUACUAGUUAUGUUCAUUAAUUGACUGUAAGCGUCACCCAUUGAAUGAGCCUAACAAGCUCAUGUAUUCAAUAAACUGACAUGUGAUUUGUCCAGUUUGAAAAGACAGGCCCUCAGCAACACGCAGGUAAGUAUCACAGUGUAACAGUUUGACAGACUGCACUGUGAUGGUGCCAGGCCUACAGCAGUGGUUAUGGUGUUUAUAGUCUCUCUAUAACUGGGUGAGUAGAAUUAACAUUAAUAAUGUAACGUUAAAUAAGAGCUUACAAUUGUGCCGGUUUUGUAAGUGCCAAUAAAGUGUUUUUGUUUUUUAUAAUCCCUCCAGACCACGCUGACGUUAGGGUGCUUGCUUUUAAAGCCUGGUGAUGUGGCACUAAGACCAGUGUGCAGGAAAUUCUGAUUGUCCCUUAAAAAGCUUAAUUCUCCAGCUCUGUUAUCCCAUGUGACGGAGCUCCCUGUAUCCCUGGCUGGGUACUUCUGCCAAGGACCGCUUUCUAGCUGGAACAGUCGCCGUGGCUUGACUGGGGCCUUGGAACCGCUCUCUCCUGGAGCUGAAUGGGGAACAUGCACUGGACGACACUCAGUCCCCGUAGCUCUAGUCCUUACAAUAACUUACCCUGUUUAAUCCUCCACACAGGAACAGUGAUUAAAGAAUAGCCCUUUCCCCUCCCAGUAACCAGACGACACAUAGUUUUGGGAGUACAAGCUGGGAUACUUUAAUGGCAGCCACAACUGGCCUUAUAUGCAGGUCCCAAUGCAAGGGGCACUCCCACUGGACCUGAGAGUAAACCACAGGACACUCCCAUACAUAAUAAGAUAAUCCCUCCUCUGUGCCUGGGAGAUAAUUGGAUCAGGAACUGUACUAAUCUAAUCCAAUCACAGAAAAAACAUACUUUUUACCAAACACCCCAAAAGUACCCUGAAAAUACAAAAAAAACCACAAAAGUUAUAUCCAAAGGUGACCAACAUAUCCAAAAAUCACCCAGACCAGUUCAGGAAUUUGUACUGGAAGUAUUUUGUUUGACUGACCGCACUUGCGGUCGGUCUAGUUUGGUAGUUUGAAAACGAACAAACUACCGAACAGAGUCAAGUCUUACCCUGAAGCGUGUUACCCUUAUUCAGACGAAUGAAUCCACCGAACAGUGUCUUCCUAAAACCGAACGCAUGCUAUCGUGGAAGUCCAGCGGUGUUCGGGAGUUAGUGUCCGAAAAUAGUUCCAUGAACUCGACGACCACACACCGCUGCCUGCGUUCAUGCGAACAAGAUGGCCGCCACCUCGUGGUCGUCCAUAGGAAUUGCGGCUACCCAGAUGAACACUUAAGAGUGCUGAGGUGGAAAUUGUUACAAAGUAGCAAUUAGGCUUAAUAAGCUCCAGGGUGGUCUCUGGUUCGUGCGGCUGUUCGGUUUCCGAACCAUAUAGUCCAAAUACUCGAACGGAGACUUUUAUAUCACAGUUUACAGGUUGCCCAUAGUCUGGGGGCAGGAGGCUGGCAAGCAGGCUCCUCCAGGAACUCGUAGCAAACUCACUAUGAAAGAUGGUUUUUCACAACCCACAUCACAUCCCGUCCACAUACCCGCUUCAUUAAUGCCUGCAGCUGGGACUACGAGUUAUCCACCCGGCCAUGCGCUGUAUGUAAUUUAUUAUUAUUAUUGCCAUUUAUAUAGCGCCAACAGAUUCUGUAGCGCAUGUAAUGGCUGGCACAGGGAGUAACUAGGAUUCCACCAGUUGGUAGCGGCUGACCCUCCCCAGAUUAUUUGUAAAUUCAGGAAGAGCACUGCUCUCCCACCUGCCAUGUUCAUGCCAAAAAAAAGCUGCUCAGCCUCUCCUCUUUACAGCAAUAAAAUCUGUCAAAGUGUUUGAUAUUAGAGUGGGCAAAUCUCCUCCCAGACAAACAGUCAAAUCUAACAUUAUGAAAGAAACACAGGGCUGUACUUAAGACUCUCCCCCCUUUCUUGCCUCACCCAAAAGGAAUAAAUGCUGAUAAUACAAAAAAUAAUUUGCCAAUGUUUGUGUUUAUCUCAGUGUCUGUGGUGUAUGAGUUCAUAUUUUUGUAUGCGCGUGUAAGCAACAUGUUUCUGUACGCAAGGUUUGAACGUAUCUGGGAAUAUGAGAAGUCACAGCCCUAUGCCACCGUUCACACGCACAGAGCAGCAGAAUUAAAAUGCCCUUUGUAGUUCCAGAGAAGGCAGCCCUGGCAUGCAGGCCCCAGUAGGCAGUACCAUCUCUGCUUCCAUCCCUGGGUACAAUGUGAAUAACAUUCUGUUGGGAAGGGUCCAGCCGCUGAAUCCGCAGCCACAGUCCUCACUAAUUGAGUCACUUUUAGUGUUAUGUCCCCUGAGUGUCACCUUAUGGGGUUAACUUGCCAGCCCCUGGGCCCGCGCCGCAUGGGUUCCACUACAUUAACCCAUAAGUGCCCGUCUGGGGAGAGCUGGCUUUCAUUAUGCAGGUCUCACAAAUUUUAUGCUGACAGUUCAUUUACUUUGUGACGCGUUAAGAGAAAUCAAUGGAAAAAUCUUGCAUUUUCCGGCGCCUUCCUUCUCUGCACUUCUAUAUAGUGCUGGCUCUCUGCCCUGAAGAGCUAACACUCUCUAGCAUUUAUUCCGAGCUUUGCAACUCUGCAGGCACGACUGACAGGAAGAUUAAUAUACUAAUUCUCCCGUUAACGAGCUAAUUAAAGCGGGGGCCGCUCAGAACGUUUUGUUUUUAUUCCAAAGCGCCCUACAGGUUGUCAGAGGGGAAAAUCUCACUGCGCUGCCUAAACAAACACCGUAACAGCCACUUCGUAUGAUGUCACAGUGUGAAGCCGACAGACAGAGGUGGUGAUCUGAUGUCAUGCGGCACGAGGGUUGUGGGCUCAGUGUAUUCAUAUGUGGUGAUUAUCUACCCUGUGAUUAACACCAUGUGCAAAUCUUUUGGUUUUUGUAGCCAUUGCUUUUGGCACUAAGGGGUUAACCCUUCUACUACCAAGUUAUUGGCAAGCAAUUGAGCCACCGUUUAGUUUAAUUUUGAGGGGGAGAAGAGUUUUGUUCGGGAAGGUAAAACUUUAAUUUAUUUUCAUGCCAUUAUGCUUACAUAAUACACUAUUUAAAGGUACAUACCAAGCAUCACUGUUCAGCCCACUGUAGUGGUUAUGGUGCCAGCAGUUUUCUCACUGGAAGAUGUCAAACCAUUUUAGUAUCCUUUGACAACUUACCUGGGUGUCCGUGACAUACUGUGGUCUUUUCCAGCUGGGGAAGCCCGUGUCUCUAUAGAAUAAAAGGGACACUAUAUUCACAAAAACAACUAUGAGGCAGUUUUGGUGUAUAGAUCUGUCUCACUGCUCAAUUCUAUAAUUUAGGAGUUAAAGCACUUUGUUUAUGCAGCCCUAGGCACACCUCCCCUGGCUGUGACUGGCACAGUCUUCCUAAACACUUCCUGUAAAGAAUUCGACGAAUGGAAGUGGGGGCUGCUACAACAGUUUAACUGCUUGCCAUAGGGCUGUGCCAGCCAGUUGUAGUUGUUAUGGUGUUCAGAGUGUCCUUUAAUGUCAAAUUGAUAAUGAAGAUAGUUUACAGAUUAAUAUGGAAACUGUGUAAAAAGAUAGAUUGAAUUUGUCCUCCCAUGUACACAGAGCAUCUUUCAUUCUAUAGACAAAUUACUUAAAUGUUAAAUUCUUAGUGUCACAAAUGCUCCUCUUCUAAAGAUUCCUUUUAUCGUAGGAUGUGUUGUCUCAAAAAGUACAUUAAUGACAAUAGCUGCGAUGUAAAAUAGUGCCAGAAAUGAAUGACAGCGGGUGGCCGAGGGAUGCAGGGGAAGGUGAGUUAUACUUACCUGACUUUCCGCUACCACCAUUCUCUGCUUGACAUUCUACUUCAACUUGUGAUGCUCCUACGUCUGCAUUGUACUCUUGCGCAUGUGUGAAAGUACAAUGCUGAGAUGGCCGGAUCCGCCAUAGACAGAGCCCUCUGUGACUGUGGGCUUCAAAAGGUUUCAUGAAAGGUAGCUCUGCCUUACAAUCUGCCACUAUUGUAAAGCCCAGAAAGCCUCGCUACAGUAUAAUCGUAGUCUGUUUGUGUCACGCGUUUUAUAGAAAUCAUGUAACCGGGGGUUAUCUAGAUUCUGAAGGAACUGAUUUUUAGGCCAAAGUAGUAUGAUCUAUUUUGUCCUAAAAUGCACAAUUUUUCUUUACUGUUAUCUGUUCCCAAUGUAGUGAAAUGUGCUAGUUGUGGUAAAAUGCUCUGUAUGUAAAUGUGCGUUUGCUAUUUGUUGAGAGUUAGCCCGGGUUUUUUUUUCCCUCUGGGGGCUAGCUAGUCCGUUUCUGUCAGUGAGAUUCUGUGCCUUUUGUUACAGAUUGCUGAGCCUCGAGUGUUCUCUGGAAUCCAGCCCACUGGUGCCCCCCACCUGGGCAACUACUUGGGAGCGCUACAGAGCUGGGUGCAGCUUCAGAACGGGUACAGCUCUGUCCUGUACAGCAUCGUGGACCUGCACUCUAUCACCGUGCCACAGGAUCCAGAAACCCUGCGACAGAGUAUUCUGAACAUGACCGCCUGCCUGCUGGCCUGUGGGAUUAACCCGGAUAGAAGCUGCAUCUUCCAGCAGUCUCAGGUAAAAAAAGACAGAGAUUUACUUCGAAUCUCUCUCCUGGUUAGACUCUGUAUAAAGCGGUAGCUUCGAACUGACACAAUACCCCUGAUAUAGGGCGGCAGUUUGUACCUCAGUUUUAUCAGGUUACCUUUACUGGUGUUGUCUUUAGACUAUCACACUGCCAAAAUGUGUGUAGCUAUAAUGCAACAUACAGUGCACGCAGUUACCAGUGUGAAUUCAGGCAGCUGUAUAACAAAUACUGGUCCCUGCAUUCACUUUCUAACUCCUCAGCGCUCACUCUUUCCAUAAAAGUAAUAUUUAUACGUCCUACUAAAUACUGUUCUAGAUCUUCUCAUGUCCCUGCCUCUUCCCGUAUAUUGUUACCAGCAGAACUUGUAUCAAGAUGUACCACUGUUUUUCUCUCCAUACUUUGAAGUGUUGUUUUCGUAUUGUCAUGCUGUUGGUUCUCCUUCAGGUUGCGGAACACGCAGAGCUUGGCUGGAUCCUGAACUGUCUGACCUCAAUGCCGCGGCUAAUGCAUCUACCUCAGUGGAAGGUAGGGGCUUGGAAAGAGCUACCAAACCGGGCCACAUCCUGUAAAUGUUCCCCUGAGCCCAGUGCGUUGUUAGAUUUAGGUACUAUGUGUACUUACCAAUUUUUCACCACCAUUAUGCAGCCGAGCCCCCGGAAAUUAAUGUUUAGAACUUACAGCUGUGAGGAACGUCACAGAGAUACAAUACGCAGUGUGAAAACAAGAAAACGUAUACUGGACCUUAGAGUGGCCGGGAUAAAGUUAGCAGGGACAGAGAGUAGUCCAAGACAAGCUGAGGUCAAGGAAACCAGAAAUCAGAAUAGGCGAGAAAGUACAAAGAGAGUCACAGGGAAGGAGAAUACUGAAUAGUCCAAAUACAGCAAACUAGAAAACGCACUAUAGUGAACAAAGCAACUUUGAACCACAACAGGGCAAUGAUCCAAGCCCUAUGAGCCCUUUUUCAGUAUGGCUCUUUAAUCCGAUAGCCACACCCCCAAAACGUAAAAAUUUGAAACGUUUCAGCGGGCCGUGACACUAUGAUGUCGGCGCACACGCACCGCGUCAUUAAAGGGGGCAGAGCCAGAGCGGCCGCAUCGGAACCGCUGUGGAGAGAGGAAGGAAAUGGAGGACGGUCCAUCUCCUUCUGGAGGAGAUCCCCAGGCUGAGUCCUAGCCUGACAACUGACAACAGGUACCCUGACAACAGCCCAGUAAUCCCCUAUUUUGCCAUAUUCAGCCAUCUCAGAGAGAGUGGUGGCCAUGUUGUCUGUCAGGAAAGUGGGCGCUUACCAUAUUGUCUAUCCAGGAAGUGAGGUGGCCAUAUUGUCUGUCCCAGUAGUGGGCGAUGGCCAUAUUCUUGUCCAGGAAGAGUGUAAUGGCCGUGUUGCCUGUAUGGGAAGAGACUGGCGGACAUAUUGUCUGUCCAGGAGGAUGUUGGCCAUAUUGUUGCUUUGAGAAGGGAUUGAUGACUUUGUUGUUCCUAUAACUAUAUAUAUUUUUAAUAUAGAGGUCCACUCUUUUCCCAGUUGGAAAUGAUCAAGCCUACCUGAAAAACCUCCUGGUUUCCUGUAUGUAAUGACAUUUCCUCCAAUCUGAUCAUUUUAGUAUACACCGAACCAGGCAAGUCACAAUCCACUCAGUCGCAUGGCCCAGGGACAAAUCUAUCUGAGACUUCCAGUGUUGUUUCCUCUAUCCCCAUGAUCUUUAACCAGUUAAUGUCUUUCAUUAGAUCAAGAGCCAGAAGAACGAGGGGAGUGUGGGAUUGUUCACUUACCCGGUACUGCAAGCUGCAGAUAUCCUGCUCUACAAGUAAGGGUCGUAUGAUUAUUCAGAGCAUUGGCGGACAGGGAACCAUUAACCAUAUGAUGCAGUGACUGAUCUGUAGCCCCACAGCUCUGCUUUGAGUGAUGGGAGUUGUAUUUUAGCUGUUGUUGCUGAAGAAUCACAGAUUUGUCCUUUCAAUAGGACGGUUGACAUGUAUAUCUUUCACCUCUUAAUAUCCCACUGUAGGUUCUGUCCACCCUUUGCAGUUUGAGUGCCGAGGGCUGUAUAUGCUGUCAAUCCCUUCAAAAAUAGUUAGUUGGUUAUAUGUUUGUCUGAAGAGGUUAUGGUGGUCUUCCUGUCUGUCAGAGAAGAGAAGAUGUUGUUUCCUUGCUGUUUGUUUGAGUGGGUGUGGUGGCCACAGUGUCUCGGCCAGGAAGGGGCCAUAUUGCUGCCUGGAGAGGAUGUGUUGGCCUUCUAAAUGCCUGAGAGAGUUGAGUUGAUCAUAUUUUGUGUCUGAGUAGGAGUUGGUGGCCAUAUUGUAGAAUAAUAGGUCAUCACUUUUUUGUAUUUCUUAUAUAACUAUACACCUGUAAUUUUAGGUCUACUCAUGUCCCUGUGGGAGAUGACCAAGUCCAGCACUUGGAACUCACUCAAGAUACGGCUCGCAAAUUUAAUAACACAUAUGGAGAUUUCUUUCCCAUUCCAGUUGCUCUAAUGGGUGAGUACAUGUAAAGACUCCAGGUCCGUGUGGACUCUGUAUAAAGCGGUAGCUUCGAACUGACACAAUACCCCUGAUAUAGGGAGGCAGUUUGUACCUCAGUUUUAUCAGGUUACCUUUACUGGUGGUGUAGGGUUGUCUUUAGACUAUCACACUACUUUCAUUGAUAUUUAGUUAUCAAAGUAAGCAAACAUUGUGAAUGGAAUGUAAGCUCUCUUGCCCACAAUAUAGCAAUCUGUGCAUUUAUGUUGUAUAGGCAGCUGACCACAUCAAAUCAUAUCUCUUAAUGGCCCUAAACCUAUAUUACUGUGUAUUUCAGUAUUUUAAUAUUUACAGUGAGAUCGUGAACAGGUCACACUGUGGUGGCUACAUCUGUGAAGCUGGUUAUAUGUGGUGCGAAUGCAAGUGUAAUAUAAUCUGUUUUUUAUUUUCCAAAUGUUUUUUGAGGCUUGGUGUUACAGAGGAAAUGAGAUGUUCCAUUAGCUUCUAGAAAUUAAACAUUGUUACUUUGCUUAUUAAAUACGUAGCUGUGACCCCUUUUCACGUUCUACACACAAAUAAUAUUUUAGUGAAACAUUAAACUGCUAUUAAAGAAACACUAAAUCUCUCAAACCAGGGGAUCAGUUAUCUGUAGCUGUAUCUGUAACACUUACUACAGUAGCUGGCCACCAUCAAGACUUUGGGAACAUAAUGUCUCCAGGUGUCUUAAUUCCCCAAUAUUACCAAUUACUCAGAACCCAACCCAAUUUCAUCAGGUUGCCAGAUAAACAGGUAAGAUCUCCCACCCAAAACCUUCUGUACUGAUCUAAUAUAUCACAGAUACUGCACUAGCAAUACAGCAAGUUUGUGUGAGGUGUCAUGAUAAUGUGAGUUUACAGUCAGCCGUUCCAUUUCCCUUAACUGAUAAUGUCAUAUGUUCAUUUUUCAGGCACCUCCAAGAAGAUACGUUCCCUCAGAGACCCCUCUGUUAAGAUGUCCAAGUCAGACCCUCAAAAACUGGCUACAGUGCACCUGACUGACACCCCAGAGGACAUUGUGCUGAAGUUUCGGAAAGCUGUCACAGACUUCACCUCUGAAGUGACCUAUGACCCUGUACUCCGUCCUGGGGUCUCCAAUUUGGUUUCCAUACACUCUGCCAUGACCGGUCUAGGGACAGAGGAUAUCGUGCGUCAGAGUCGAGGGAUUGAAACCGCUCAGUACAAGUUGUUAGUGGCGGAGAUGGUUGUGGAGAAACUGACCCCAAUCCGGGAAGAAUUCCAGCGUCUGCAGGGGGACGUGGGGUACUUAAAGAAUGUGCUGAAUAGCGGUGCGCAGCAGGCUCGGGAACUUGCUUCUUCAGUUUAUGAUGAUGUGUGUAAAAUGGUCGGAUUUAGAUGAUACCUGCAGAGGAUAUCAGGCACUGUACUGAACUUCCCUGUUGUGAGAAGGAACCGAACUGAUGUCCUGAAAUGAACACUCCAGGCACGUUCUGUCAUAUUUGUGACCGUUUAUAAAAGUUCAAUUUUCAGUGGAAAUCUGCAACAUAUGUUGAAUACAGGGACCAUAAGAUUAAUAUAACUGCUAGAACAGUUUUUGACAUUAUGGGAUCGGAGAGAUCAAGGAAUAAGAACGCAGGAAGAAGAUGGACCACCUUAAACAAUUGAUGACGUUUGGUGGGAUCAAGUGGUGUUUUCACUUUAAUUUCUUUUCUUAUAAAAGCAUGUCAGAUUGAUUUAAUUCAUUUAUGACAAAUGACCUGUCAGGUCUGUCUCUUUAAAAACCUUUGUCACAUCUAUUUGUGACUCCGCACUGGUACCAUUCAGGCUGCAGGCGCUGCAAACCUUCCGGGGUUCUAGUCUCUGUGAACCUGUUAACGUGUUACCCCACUGUCCCUGGGCUUUCUAGCUUAUGGUGAGUUCUAAUUAAGAGACUCGUGUUAUCUUGGAAAUUACAUCAUGCGCUGUCCUGGGUUGCAUUUAUUUUGCUGCACAAAAUGUAUUACUUGAAAUUACCUUUUUGUACAAAGAUUUUCUUUAAAAAAAGAGAAUGUGACCCUGAUUCCACAGAACUGCCUCUUUUUUGAUUAUUUCAACAGGAUGGGGUGAGAAGACUAACAAGGUCUUUUUAAACAAACAUGUUAGUUUACCAAUAACCAGGUUACUUGCUCGUGUAUGUUGUAGAUUCUGUCACCCAGUGGGGCAAGGAAGCAAAAUAUAAUUUUUUGAAUAUCUA